AUGAAAAUAUGUCUUGUACUAUACCUUGUACACAUUUGUAGAGUUUGUGACUCUUGUUUGGUCGUAUGUAUUGUAGGCUAUUACAAGAGGAUAGCCCAUUGUUGCGGUUUUUACAAGGAUACAUUUGAACAACUAAAAACGUUAGAUGUUAGUGACAUUGAUAUCGAUACAGUGCGCUUGCGUUCACACACCAUUGGACGCUACAGAGAAAAUAUACUCUAUCCUAACCUCCAACCAUACACCCGCAUCAUAGAAGAUCCAUGUACUAUAUGGUCUGCAAAGCCCAAAGAGGUUUGUAGAGGCAUAGAGUUGCACUAUUUAGACAACAGACUAAAGGUUCUCAAGCUACUUAUAGACAAUGGAAGCAAUUAUUUUAAAAAUGAAUACUAUGAAAAGGUCCACAAUGAAUGGAAACUUAGCACAGUAAAUGCAGUUUAUAAUGUACAAAAGGUAAUAAGAGAAUAG